GCAGGUUGUUUCGUAGUGGCGCCAGAGGCUCGCUUUAUCACAGCUUUUCACCGACACAAUUCCACCAGACGAGUACAAGUGUUGCGCCUGCUGAGCCCGUUGCACAAGGCCAGUUGCGGGGCGCAGAUCGUCAGCGUCGGGCCGAUGGCUCAGUAGAAGUCCUCGGAGCCAAACAAGACUGGCCCCUCCGGUCCCUUCUUCUAGCAAGGCCGGCCGUGUUUCUGUUGCAGAGAGAUCGACAUGGAUCUGCUGCCUCCAAUUAGUGCGUCUCUGGGCGCUAUGGGCUCCCUUUACGGGAAGCUCGAUGCGUUCCUGGACACCGAACUCAAGGAUGAGAUCCGGGAACUUGGAUCCCGGCUGCUGAAGCUCGCCAAGGCACAAGAUCUUCCGGUUACAGCGAGGAUAUGGAUGAAGGAGGUACGCGAUCUAUCCUAUGAUAUGAUCAACUGUGUCGACACCGAUGCAGAUUGGAUCGAUAAGAUGUCACGAAUAUUCAAGCCACGCGUGAAGGAGGCCAAUGGACGGUACGACAGAUACAAGCUUGAGAGCGUCCCCAGCCGCCGUAUGAAUAUCGUUCCGAUCCCAACGGUGGUUGGCGAUCGGAAACCAGACAUCGGCCUCCAUGCCAAGGGCGGCGUGGUUGAUAGGCUCUGCAGAACUCUUACCGAUGGGGAUGAGCAGCUCAAGGUGCUAUCCAUUGUGGGUGUUGGAGGAAUCGGCAAGACCACGCUUGCCAAACAGCUAUGGCGGGAGCACAAACCGGGGGACUACUUCGACUGCCGAGCUUUUGUGCGGACGGCCAAGAAACCUGACAUGAGGAGGAUCCUGAGGAGCAUACUCGCACAAGUUCGUCCGCACCAACCACCCGACGCUAAUGAGGUGCACGACCUCAUUCAUGACCUCACCGAGCAUCUGAAGGAUAAAAGCCAACUUUGUUUAAUUACCAGGUACUUCAUUAUAAUUGAUGACUUAUGGGAUACAUCAGUAUGGGAUGUUGCAGCCCACGCUUUCCCGAAGGGUAAUCAUGGCAGCCGGAUAAUAGCAACAACGGAAAUUGAGGAUGUAGCUCUUGCAUGCUGUAGUUAUCAGUCCAAGUACAUGGUUAAGAUGGAACCUCUUAGCGAGAGUCACUCGAAAGAGUUGUUCACAAGUGCAGUGUUUGGCUCUGGAGAACAACAUUCUUGCCACGUAAAUGAAGUGCCAGACGAGAUUAUAAGAAGAUGUGCUGGUUUACCACAGGCAAUUAUCAGCAUAUCCAGUAUCCUAGCAAGCUAUGGGGAAGCCAAUACAGUAGAGAACUGGGAGCAAAUACAAAACUGUUUGCCAACAAAUACAACUUCUGAUGAGAUACUGAAAGAAGUACUGAUUUUUUGCUACAAAAGUCUUCCCAGUUGUGCUCAGACAUGUCUGUUGUAUCUUAGUAUGUACCCGGAGAAUUACUUAAUCUUGAAGGAAGAUAUAAUGAAGCAAUGGGUGGCCGAAGGUUUCAUCCGUGCGCCAACAGAGAAAGAAAAAAUGGAAGUUGCUGGGAGCUAUUUUGAUAUGCUUGUUAAUAUGGGCAUGAUCCAACAUAUAGACAUAGACUAUAGCGAUGAGGUUUUGUACUAUGCGGUGCAUCACAUGGUACAUGAUAUUAUUACAUCUAAGUCCAUAGAAGAGAAUUUUGUCACUGUAAUAGAUUAUUCUCAAAGGACGGUACGGUUUUCUAACAAGGUUAGUCGUCUGUCCCUCCAGUUCGGCGGUGCAACAUAUGCAACUACACCAGCACGUAUUGGACAGUCGCAAGUACGAUCUCUUGCUUAUAAUGGACUGGUGAGCUGCUUGCCUUCCAUAUCAGAGUUUAAGCUUCUUCGAUUUCUGAUCCUCCAUAUUUGGGCUGAUCAACCAAGCACAGGCGUAAACCUCAGGCGUAUCUCUGAAUUGCUUCUGUUGAGAUAUUUGCAAGUCACAUGCAAUGACACCGUACAGCUGCCAGAUCAGUUGCAGGGUUUAAAACUGUUGGAAACACUUGAAAUAAAUGCAAGAGUAGCAGCUAUUCCAUCGGAUAUUGUUCAUCUUCAGAGCUUGUUGCACCUCCGUCUCGGAGGUGGGACAGAACUCCCCGAUGUGACUGGCAUCCUAAAAAGUGUCACCCUGAAUCCUCCUCCUAGUUCUUCGGGCAGGACAAUUUCAUUGGAUGGCUCGGGCAGUCCUCCUGAGUCAGUGAAGACAAUCGAGUUGCUGCCUCCCAUUUGUAGAAUCCCCAAGUGGAUUGGAAGGCUUACCAAACUCUGCGUUCUGAAAAUUGUUGUGAGAGAAUUGCUAAUGGAUGACAUCAGUAACCUUCAGGGAUUGUCAGCCCUCACUGUUCUUGCGUUGUACGUCCAGCAACGAACUACAGAACAAAUCAGCUUUGCAACGGGAGCACUCGCUGCUCUAGAGUAUUUUGAGUUCGGGUGUGGUGUAUUACACCUGUCUUUUGCGGAAGGAGCAAUGCCCAAUCUUCAGAGGAUGAAGCUAGGUUUCAAUGCCCACAGAGGAGAUCAGUAUGGUUGUUUGCUUUUCGGCAUUGAGCACCUGUCAAACGUCCAGGAGAUUGUUGGAGUAAUUGGGUCAACUGCUGGUGCCGAGGAACAUGACUUGCAGGCUGCAGAGUCUGCAUUCAAGAUCGCCAUUGGUGAGCAUCCUAGUAAUGUCAGCUUAAAAGCAUCAUACGUUGUUGAGGAGUAUGGCCCUCUAGAAAAACAGCAUUCGGUCCGAGGGAAGGACCCGUCCACAUCAAGUGAACUAUCUGGAAGUCAAAAACAAGAGUCUGAGGAAGCUAUAAAGCAAAAGGCCGAUAACAACUCCCAGUCAAUUAACUGGAGAAGUCACAACAAGGAACAUGAAAGCGUGGAGUCAUGGAAUGACACGCAGUCGUCAAUGCAGAAGGUUGUUCCUCAUGAAGCAAUUGAUAGUGAUGAUGAUCCUGACGGUGUUGUGAUUUUAGCACCAUUUGAAAAGAAUAAACAGGCAGUUGGAUAUCCUCUGGGUUGGCCAAAGCAUGUGAAGACUAGUGUUGCUGGUGACAGUGCCGGACCAAGCACCAAUGCUUCAAACAAUACUGCCAUUAUGGGUGGUUUAAAGGAGGAUGUGGACAACACAGUUGACCCUGAUUUUGACGAUGACACUUUGGAUAACUUCGGGGAAGUAGACCGUGUUUCUGAGGAAGAUGAGUACGAUAAGUUUGAUGACUGGGAUAUCCAGCCUGGAGCGGAAGCUUCUUUACCAUGGCUGCAGAAGACUGACGCUGAAGUGUCAUAUAAUAGUAGAACACCCAUCCCAAUCUUGGUUGAUGAAAAAUACAACACAUUUAAACAGUUCGAUACUGUUGAUGAUCAUAGUGAUCAUUAUUAUUCGAAACCAGAGUUGUGGAAAGCUCAGGUAGUGAACGAGCCAUCAAAUGACUGGGUGAUGCGCAUUCAACAUGAGUGUGAAGUCUUAGGAAAAGACUUGCCAGGUAGUAUAUUCGUGAGGGCAUACAAGGAUAGAAUGGACCUUCUUAGAGCUGUCAUCAUGGGACCAGCAUACACUCCUUACCAUGAUGGGCUGUUUUUCUUCGACAUUUACUUCCCUCCUCAUUAUCCAAAUACACCUCCACUUGUGAACUACCGUUCUGGUGGGUUGCGGCUUAAUAAAAACAUGUAUCCUUGUGGGAAGGUAUGCCUUGGCCUCUUAAACACUAGGCCUAGUGGUGGAUGUGACAAAUGGAAUCCAUCCAAUUCAACCAUGCUGCAAGUCCUUGUCUCCAUUAAGGAUUUGGUGUUGAAUGGCAACCGUUAUUUCGGCUCGGCUGCGUAUUCAGCCUACACAACUAGUGGGGAGAAAAGAUCCCUAACGCAUAAUGAAAAUAGUUUCCUGCGGUCCUGCAGGAUGAUGUUGUAUUCUCUUCGAAACCCACCAAAGCAUUUUGAGGAUUUCGUUGCUGGUCAUUUCCGCAAGCACGGGCACAACAUCCUCGUGGCUUGCAAAGACUACCUGGACGGCGCCCACGAUGGACGUCAUUCACUGCAUUUCGGUAUGUGGGAUUGGAGGAUGAUGGACGACAAAAGCUGCUCGCUGAAGUUCAGGACGCUGCUGAAGAGACUGUUCGAGGAGUUGCUGAUUGAGUUCAGUGAGAAGGGAGCAGACUGCGACGAGUACCUAUCAGAGAAGGCGAAGUAAUGCGCCGCCUCCACCUCUGGAGCGCCUCCGGCAGACGUCUAGCGCGCCAGCCAUAAUGGAAGCAAUAAUUUUUAGCCGUCGAAGCGAUUCUAGCGAUAACUCCUGUCUUCUACUAUAGGAGGAGCCCUAGCCACGAGAAAAUCUAAUUGUUUUUGUGUAUGUAGUCUAUGCACAUAUUCCCCCGCCUAGCUCUCCCGGUGAACAUAAUCUGCAUGAUCCAUCCAUGUUUUAGGAACAAAUAUCAUCGUCAUUAUCAUCUAUAAGACUAUGAUUGAUUGCUGUCA